AUGAACUUUAGUUUAGAGUGCAUAGUAGAUGAAGUAAAGUCAGUUCUGCAGGGUCGUACCACGUCUCGAGGCUUUUAUGCAGUAGGGCUACAGUUCCCUGAGGGCUUAAUGGAGCAGGCCAUAGAAGUUUGUAAUGCCCUUGAAGGAAUGCUUAAGGCAGCCAACGGGGUAGCGAUAGAGUAUGUUAUCUUCGCUGAUGUCCUUUAUGGCGCAUGCAAUAUUGACGAUAUUGGCUCCAUGCUUAUGGGAGUAGAUGUACUUGUUCACUUUGGUCAUUCAAAGAUUGUUCCAACCAGUCUAGUAGAUGUCAUCUAUGUCCCAGUUAUUGAUACCAGAGGAAGUGCCACUGUGAUUGCAGACGGGCUCAUGGACAUGUGUAGGACACAUAGUUACAAAACAGUUGGUUUGGUGACCACCGCACAAUUUGCUGCAUGCUUACUUCACGUGCAACCGAUUCUGGACGACAGAGGGUCAAAGAUCAACAUUGUUGGGGAAGAGCAGAGCCCUCUUCCGAAGUAUGAGAUCCUUGGAUGUACUUGUAAGAAGUUUCCGCCUGGAACAGACGCUGUUGUUAGCGUUGUAGACGGCGACUUUCACUACGAGGCAGCUUGUCUAAGCAAUUCUCACCUCCCUGCAUACCGGCUCUCUCCUGUGACAGGUGUGUAUGAAAGCAUUAGGUAUGACACGCAUAGUAAGAUUAAUAGCAGGUUGAAAACUAUCAGAGAGUGUGCAGAGGCAUUAACCGAGUUACUAAACAGGCCUGUGCAAGCUUUUGCAGGAGGCUUCUCAGGAAAAAGAGUUGGCGUGGUAUUCGGGACACUGGGCCGGCAAGGCUCUCCAAUUGUUUUUGAGACACUCCUGAAUAAGCUACGCAGUCUCUGUGUACCGAUAAAGGUGCUAUCUCUUAGUGAAGUCCUCCCACAUUAUUUGUUGCCCCAUAAAGAUGUGCUCUUCUUUGCCCAAUUGGCGUGCCCUCGUCUCACCAUCGAUUGGGAUGAAGAGAUAUCUGCAUGUGGCCUGGUGAUGGUCAAUUACUAUGAGCUCGACAAAAUAUUGGAUCUUUGCUUGAAAAAGGAGGGCUACAAUGAUCUAGAAGACUAUGCGCUUGUGAACUUCACACGAGAUGGCCACAGGGAACUCUGCUACUAUGGCCGUCCGACGGUGUGA